GAGCUGCCCAGCUCCCCACCACCUCCAGAAGAGGAUUUCGGGAAGGGCCCCUGGCUGACCAUGAAGAUGGAGCUGGGUGUGGACGAAAGGGAUCCCAGCUGCUUCCUCAGGACCUACAGCGUGGUGAUGGUGCUGCGCAAGGCAGCACUGAAGCAGCUCCCGAGGAACAAAGUGCCCAGCAUGGCCGUGAUGAUCAAAAGCCUCAGCAGGAGCAGCGUGGAUGCCGGGGCCGUGUUCCGGGACCCGACCGGGGAGAUGCAGGGCACGCUGCAUCGCCUGCUGCUGGAGGAGCGGCAGGGCGAGCUGAAGCCCGGUGCCGUGCUGCUGCUGAAGCAGGUGGGCGUUUUCUCCCCGUCCCACCGCAACCAUUACCUCAACGUCACCCCCAGCAACCUGCUGAGGAUCUACAGCCCUGAGCCCGACGUUGGGCUCUCGCAGCUGGAGGUCUCCUCAUCCCAGGAGCGUUCUGCCCCGACCCCACACCGCAUCCCUGCACGCGGGGAUGGGGACCAGCUGAGGGUGAGCGGCUCUGAUGCUCAGCAGCCGCCCCGAGGCUCCGGGCUGCAGCCACAGAGCAAGGAGCCCAGGCAGCAGGAGCCUGCAGGGAGCGAUGGCUGCAGUGCAGCUGACCUGGACGACCUGGAUGGGCUCCUGCGAGAUCUCCCCGAGGAUUUCUUCUCAGCCCCAGCGCAGGAUGAUUGCUGCUGAGCUCAGGAGCUGCGCGCUGCUGGCACGGUGCUGGAGCACUCAGCUGCCGCCCUGCCUGCAUCCCAUCCCUCUGUGCCUUCGUU